AUGGCUUCCCUCCAAUUUGUGGUAUCGUCUCUAGAGACGAUAGCCAAGGACUCUCAUCGCAACAAACAACUCUCAGAAUCGGUGCAAACCGCUCUGGCAGCCAUCAAAGAGAGCGACCCACAGCUACCAGACCCUGAAGUCAUAUUCGCACCAUUACAGCUGGCCACCAAGUCUGGGAGCGUUCCUUUAAUCACCAACGCACUUGACUCCAUUGGAAAGCUCACAUCGUCAUCCUACUUCUCACAGUUAUCCUCUCAAGAGGGUUCGACCGAACGCGCACCCCUCAUCGAGCGCGCCAUUGAUACUAUAUGCGAUUGUUUUCAAGGCGAGACCACGCACGCUGAUGUGCAAUUGCAAAUAGUCAAGUCUCUGUUGGCCGCUGUGCUCAACGACAAGAUCAUUGUGCAUGGUGCAGGUCUGCUCAAAGCCGUCCGCCAGGUCUACAAUGUCUUCCUUCUCUCGAGGAGUCCUGUAAAUCAGCAAGUGGCACAGGGCACAUUGACGCAGAUGGCUGGAACAGUGUUCGAGAGGGUAAAGACAAGGUUGCACAUGAAAGAGUCAAGACUCCACCUUUCUAGACUGGCCCAGAGUUCCAGCAAGCUCACUCUCGAGGUCCAAGAAUCGAUCAAUGGAUCCUCUGCUCCUUCCGCUGACGAUGACGAUCGAGAAGUGGACUCAGACGCGGGCGGAGAGACUCCGGUGGAGAGGCGCGACGAAGACGCCAAGCUCACGAUCAAGGACCUCGAGAAGAUGAAGAACUUCGAUGAUUCGGGACUGGGAGAUGGGCCGACCAUGGUUAGCCAGGUCAAGCCGGCAAAGAGAGUGGCAAGAUCCAUCUCGGAAAACACACAAGGGGAUGCCUCGCUGGAUGACAGUCCGGAAGCACUGGAUGCGGAAGACGAGGUGUACAUUCGUGAUGCAUACCUCGUUUUCCGGUCCUUCUGCAAUCUCUCUACCAAAGUCCUCUCCCAAGAUCAGCUCUACGACCUCAGAGGCCAAGCGAUGAGGUCAAAAUUAAUCUCUCUUCAUCUGAUACAUACAUUAUUACACAGCAACAUUGCAGUUUUUGUCUCGCCAUUAUGUACCAUCACAAACACCAAGAACAACGAGCCGACAAGUUUUCUGGAAGCCAUCAAGUACUACCUCUGUCUUAGUAUCACCAGGAACGGCGCAAGUUCUGUAGAUAAGGUCUUUGACGUGACCUGCGAGGUUUUCUGGUUGAUCCUAAAGUUUAUGAGGGCAUCUUUCAAGAAAGAGAUAGAGGUCGUCUUGAACGAAAUUUACCUAGCAUUGCUGGCGAGGAAGACUGCGCCGCUCUCGCAGAAGCUAUACUUUGUCGGUAUUCUUAACCGGCUUUGCGCGGAUCCACGAGCGCUAGUCGAGGUCUAUCUCAACUACGACUGUGACCGUAAUGUCGACAACAUUUUCCAGUCACUCAUUGAGGAUCUGUCCAGGUUUGCAACGGCGCCGGUGGCAAUCACCCCUGCACAGGAGCAGCUUUUCGAGGAGAGGCACUCUAAAGGGAACCAAGCAACGGACUGGCAGACGAAAGGGGCAAUGCCGCCUCCGUUGUCCGCCACCCAGAUUGCGCCCCAGAACGAAACCGAGUCCGAUAUACCAAGAGAAUAUGCAAUCAAGCGUAUGUCUCUUGACUCCCUAGUUGAAGCACUUCGGUCACUCGUCAACUGGUCCCAGUCGGGCCGUCCAGAUGGUAAUGCGGGCGCAAUAAACGAGUCCGAGAGGAGGUCAUCCCUCGACGAUGCAAGGGAUUCCAUCGAUCCUUCGUACAGCGAAGGUCUCUCCAGGGGCGACACGCCAGCCUUACCAUCAACACCAGUGAUUGACGAUGAUCCUGAACAUCUCGAGAAGGAAAAGGCACGCAAGACGGCGAUGACGAACGCUAUCAAAGUCUUCAAUUUCAAACCCAAAAAGGGCAUUGCACUCUUGCUCAAAGAGGGUUUCAUCGCAAGUGAUCAUCCAGAAGACAUUGCCAACUUCCUAAUCCAGGAAGAGCGUCUGGACAAGGCGCAGCUUGGAGAAUAUCUGGGUGAAGGAGAACCCAAAAAUAUCGAGAUUAUGCAUGCCUUCGUGGACACCAUGGACUUUACCAAACGACGUUUCGUGGAUGCCUUACGGCAGUUCCUGCAAUCGUUCCGUUUGCCCGGUGAGGCGCAGAAGAUUGAUCGGUUCAUGUUGAAGUUUGCCAAUCGAUACGUAAUGGGUAACCCCAACGCGUUUGCCAACGCCGACACGGCAUAUGUGUUGGCUUACUCAGUCAUCCUACUCAACACUGACCUUCACAGUAGCAAAAUAGCCAAGCGCAUGUCCAAGGAAGACUUCAUCAAGAACAACCGAGGCAUCAACGACAACGCCGAUCUCCCAGAGGAAUAUCUCAAUAGUAUUUACGACGAGAUUGCCUCCAACGAGAUCGUUCUCACUAGCGAGAGGCAAGCCGCCGCCGCUGCUGGUACCGUCCCACCUCCAGCGACCGGUAUUGCUGCGGGCAUCGGCCAAGCCUUCUCGAGUAGAGACUACCAGAGAGAGGCAUAUGUACAGCAGUCGGAGGAAAUUUCGCUUCGCUCAGAGCAGCUUUUCAAGAACCUUUUCAAGAGCCAGCGCCGGAACGCCGAGAUGGCGGGCAUCAAGUUCAUUCCAGCAACCUCGUUCAAGCAUGUAGGACCCAUGUUUGACGUUACAUGGAUGUCUUUCUUUUCAGCGUUGUCUAGCCAACUCCAAAAGGCACUUAAUCUCGAGGUGAUCAAGCUGUGCCUUGAAGGCAUGAAGCUGGCCAUCAAGAUUGCUUGCUUUUUUGAUCUGCCAACGCCUCGAGAGGCGUUUAUCUCGGCAGUCAAGAACACUGCAAAUCUCAAUAACCCACAAGAGGUGUUCGCCAAGAAUUUAGAGGCGCUUCGAGUACUCCUAGAGCUUGGCUACACAGAAGGAAACUAUCUCAGGCAAUCUUGGAAGGAUAUCUUGAUGUGUGUCAGUCAACUGGAGAGGUUGCAACUGAUGGCGGGAGGAGUAGAUGCAAACUCGGUGCCCGACGUGUCAAAGGCAAGGUUCCAGCCACCGGCACGAGAUAAUGCUAGUGACGCCAGGAAAUCGGCAGCCGUUAAGCGUCAAAGACGGCGUUCCAAUACUGCUACUCACGGCCUCAACACGGAUAUUGCUUAUGAGAUCCUGUCGGACGAGAUGAUCAAGAGUAUGGAUAGGAUCUUCACCAAUACGGCAAAUCUGAACGGAGAGGCGAUCGGGCACUUUGCGCGAGCUCUGACAGAAGUAAGUUGGGACGAGAUCAAGGUCUCAGGCUCCAACGACCAGCCUCGAAUGUACAGCCUCCAAAAGAUUGUCGAGAUCAGCUACUACAACAUGACGCGAGUGCGCUUUGAGUGGACCACAAUCUGGGAUGUCCUAGGGGAUCACUUCAAUAACGUCGGCUGCCACAUCAAUGAAGCCAUUGUUUUCUUCGCGUUAGAUUCGUUGAGACAGCUCUCCAUGCGCUUUAUGGAGAUUGAAGAGUUGCCGGGCUUCAAAUUCCAGAAGGACUUCCUAAAGCCAUUCGAACACGUCAUGUCCAAUUCGAAUAAUAUUCGCGUCAAGGACAUGGUUCUGCGCUGCCUAAUUCAGAUGAUCCAGGCAAGGGGUGAGAACAUUAGGUCCGGUUGGCGGACCAUGUUUGGCGUAUUUACCGUUGCAGCAAGGGAUCCAUCCGAAAGCAUUGUCAGUAUGGCAUAUGAGAACGUCUCGCACGUCUACAAGACGCGGUUUGGAGUUGUGAUUUCCCAGGGAGCCUUCACCGACCUGAUUGUGUGCCUGACUGAGUUCUCCAAGAAUAUGAAGUUCCAGAAGAAAAGCUUGCAGGCAAUGGAAACACUCAAGUCGAUUAUUCCGCGUAUGCUCAAGGCCCCUGAGUGUCCGCUGUCACGCAAGUACACAUCCAACAACCAGCUCAAGGAAGCUGGUACCAUCGAAUCCCCCAUAAAAUCUCCCGGUCAGAGUCGGACUUCGAUCGAGGAGGCUUUCUGGUUCCCUGUGCUCUUUGCCUUCCACGACGUUCUCAUGACGGGCGAGGACCUGGAGGUGCGCUCCAAUGCGCUCAACUAUUUCUUCGAGGCGCUUCUCCGCUACGGUGGAGAUUUCCCUCCAGAGUUCUGGGACACGUUGUGGAGGCAGCAGUUGUAUCCAAUCUUUAUGGUGCUCCGAUCACGUCCUGAGAUGUCCAACGUCCUCAACCAUGAGGAACUUUCGGUCUGGCUUUCUACGACGAUGAUCCAGGCUCUACGCAACAUGAUCACACUCUUCACCCACUAUUUCGAUGCCCUCGAGUAUAUGCUUGACAGGUUCUUGGAGCUACUUGCACUUUGUAUCUGUCAAGAGAACGAUACGAUAGCAAGGAUAGGCAGCAAUUGCCUGCAGCAGCUAAUCCUCCAGAAUGUGACCAAGUUUACGCCUGAGCAUUGGGCCAAAAUUGUUGGUGCAUUUUGCGAGCUCUUUGAGCGGACGACGGCCUAUCAACUGUUCUCUGCAACAACCAUCAACUCAACCGCAUCUUUGUCGCUCUCGCCACCUCCCAGUGGUCUUGAUUUUGGUGGUCCACUGAGCCCGGGGCCGGAAUCGCCCAAGUUGGACGAGAAGUCAUUGAAGAUCAAUGGCAGUGAAGAGAAUGGAUACUUGUCCGACGGCGAGUCUGCUGUGGAUACCUCAGCCGAAGCCGGGGAGGAUCCUCUCAAGACACCAACAGCUCAUCCCUCACAGGCGGCGGCGGAAGCGGCAGCAGCAACAGACAAUGUGCCGUCGCCCGUGCUGGAAGACUACAAGCCGUCUUCUCAUCUGCAGCAGCAGCCGGUUGUGGUUACAGCUGCGCGACGUCGCUUCUUCAAUCGCAUCAUCUCGCGCUGCGUACUACAGCUUUUGAUGAUUGAGACGGUCAACGAACUUUUUAGCAAUGAGGCCGUGUACGCGCAGAUCCCAUCCUCUGAACUUCUACGGCUGAUGGGCCUGCUCAAGAAGUCGUUCCUCUUUGCACGACGUUUCAACAACGACAAGGAGUUGCGCAUGCGACUUUGGCGUGAAGGCUUUAUGAAACAGCCGCCCAACCUGCUCAAACAGGAAAGCGGCUCUGCAGCCACAUAUAUUGCCAUACUGUUCCGCAUGUUUACGGACCAGGCGCCUGGGCGUAGGGAGAGCAAGUCAGACGUAGAGAAUGCUCUUGUGCCGCUUUGCAAGGACAUCAUUCGCGGCUACAUAUCACUUGAAGAAGAAAGCCAGCAUAGAAACAUAUUGGCAUGGCGGCCAGUCGUAGUGGACGUACUGGAAGGCUACGCGGCACUCCCCGAACCGGCGUUCCGCAAUCACGCCAAAGCGUUUUAUCCGCUCGUUGUCGAUCUCGUCGCCAAGGAGCUGAGUGGCGAACUGAGGUCGGCCCUGCUGCUUGUGCUGCGCAGGGUGGGCGAGUACGAGCUCGGUAUUGAAGGGAUGGCAACCUCGUCAACGCACAAUCAUCGUGGUCAUAAUAGGAGCGACAGCGUCUUGACCAUGUCAACCGAAGGCGGCGGCGGGGGGCACAGUCCAUCGGUUGAGGUGGAGAGUGGCGAUGCCAUUCCUGACUUUAGAUCUCCUGGCACCGGCCUCUACUCGAACCUGGAGCGAUUGAAACUUCCCGAACCCGAAGCCGUCUUUGACAUAUCAUUCUUCCGCGAUCGCCCCGAGCCCUUCUAUGUGCUAGCAAAAGAGCUGUACCCGGGCAAGUUCCAGCCAACGAUAUCUCAUGCAUUUAUUGCGCUCCUGUCUAGAAAGGGUUUGUUACAAAUGAACUUUACACAAAACAUUGACUGCCUCGAAAGGCAGGCUGGUGUGCCCGCAGAUAAAAUCAUCGAAGCGCACGGCAGUUUUGCGACGCAAAGUUGCAUCGAAUGCAAAGAACCGUUCCCGGAUGACGAAAUGCUGCUUCACGUCGAGAAGGAGAUCGUGCCGCGGUGCGCCAGCUGCAACGGACUCGUGAAGCCAAACAUUGUGUUCUUUGGGGAGCCACUGCCCAGAACUUUCAGCGAGAAGUGUCAUCUGGUUGCAGACUCGGACCUUGCCAUCAUAAUCGGCACGAGCUUAACGGUUUACCCGUUUGCUGGUCUUCCGGAGCUGGUUCCUCGUGGAUCUCCGCGACUCUUGCUCAACAAGGUGCGCGUCGGUCAGAUUGGAACCAGACCAGAUGAUGUAGUGGAGCUUGGUUCAUGCGAUGCAGGCGUACGGAGGCUUGCGGAUCUGCUGGGCUGGCGGGAUGAGCUGGAGAAUCUUUGGAGGUCGGUUGUCGGUGACGCUGAGGCCGAGCGCCAGAUUGCUGCAAAGGAUGAUGAACAAGGCGGCUACUCGGAUGACAGUAGCGACUCUGAUCCCGACGAAGACAUGCGCAAGCUGGCCGAGGUUGUCGACCGGAUAAACCUGGGACUGGAAACCGCUGCCGUUGAUGAUACUUCCAGCAAACCGGGAGAUGGUGAGAUUACCAAGGCUACCGGGAAGUCUUCGGGUGAGACGACAAUCUCCGAUGAGUCCAAGCCUGAGGACCCAAGCACGGGAGACAGGGACAAGUUGGAACGAUCCAGUUCGACACAGGUUGAAGGUUUAGAAUCACAAAAAAAGCAGGACACUAGUUCCGCAGACGAGGAAAAGACCAAACACACGAGACCAGAUAACUCUCAACAGGCGCAGCCUUCUGAUAAUGCCAAGAUUUUCCUCAAACUGGAGAACCUCCAACCAUCUGGGUCCUUCAAGUCUAGAGGUAUCGGGCAUUAUCUACUUCAGCGUUUGUCUGAGCUUCCUCGCGACGCACCCAAGCCACACGUUGUCACAUCAAGCGGUGGAAACGCAGGGUUGGCGGCCAUCCAUGCUGCCCGCAAUGUUGGGUUGCCUUGCACCGUUGUGGUGCCGCUGUUGAUCAAGCCUCUGAUGAUCGAGAAGCUGAAGGCGGCCGGGGCGCACGAUGUGGUGCGGCAUGGGGCCACGUGGCAGGAGACUGACGACUAUGUGCGGCACGAAUUCAUGGACCAGUCCGAGGUUCCUACCAUCUAUGUUCCGCCCUUCGACCACCCCGAUAUCUGGACUGGUCAUUCAACUAUGGUGCACGAGUUUGCCAGACAAAUGCCGACGGGGACACCUCCGGACGCCAUAAUCUGCUCGGUGGGCGGUGGCGGCCUGCUCAACGGCGUCUGCCAGGGCGUCGACGACGUGGCGGCUGCUGCUGAUCCUAACCGCCCCAAGCCGAUCAUCCUGGCCGUGGAGACCGAGGGUGCCGAUUCGUUGAAUGCAUCGGUCAGGGCCGGCGAGCUAGUCGAGCUUCCGGGCAUUACGUCGCUGGCCACAAGCCUGGGCGCCAAGAAGGUGACAAGACAAACGCUAGAGUACGGGCAGCAAGACCACGUGAGGUCGCACGUACUGACAGACGCCGAGGCUGCAAUGGGCUGCUGGAGGCUGGCCGACGAUGAGCGGCUGCUCGUGGAGCUCGCCUGUGGAGUAAGCGUGAGCCUGUGUUACGGCGGGCGGCUGGAAAAGGCGCUGGGGAGGAAGGUGAAGCCCGAAGAUAGUGUUGUCAUUAUACUUUGUGGGGGGAGCAAUAUCACGGUCGAGAUGCUACAGGAAUAUCGGGUUAAGUUUGAGGGACAAGCGGCUGUCUCGGAGUUGUAG